UGUUCUGCUGCAGUUGAUGAUCUGUUAUCAAAGUCCACACUUGUUCUCAGAGGCUGGAUCUGUAUGCCUCGCGGUGCCACUGCAAACAAAGAGCCAUUAUUUCCACCCUGCGGCUCCGCACAGCGCACACUGACGCAGCCCGGAGCUGACGCGCUUCUCUCGGCUCCUGCACACAGACUGCGCCGGUAACAUGUUCCGAAACACGCUGCUGACCGGACUGAGACUGAACCGACGGCAUCAUGACGGGAUUCACAGAGUCACAGCCGGGCUGAGUCUAAGGAUACAUGGAGACAUCCACCGCCGAGACGCAUCCACCUCCUCCUCCACCGUGAUGGCUGACAGACUGAAGACUAUGGAUGAUUUAGGCGGCCCGAGUCUCCUGACCACCCUCAACUGGCUCUUUGUUAAAGGCUAUUUCCAAACGACGCAACAGAUGCAGAUCGAGCACAGCAGGAUGUACGGCCCUCUGUGGAAGUCAAAAUACGGCCCUUUGGUCGUGGUGAACGUGGCCAGCGCCGAGCUGAUAGAGCAGGUGCUGAGGCAGGAGGGGAGACUCCCGGUCCGGACAGACAUGCCCCACUGGAGGGGCUACAGAGAGCUCAGGAACAAGGCCCACGGCCCCCUGACUGAAAUGGGGGCCAACUGGCAGCGCAUCCGCAGCAUCCUGAACCCUCGGAUGUUGAAACCCAAACACGUCUCGUCCUACUCCAACACCAUCAACAAUGUGGUGACAGACUUCAUCGCCAGACUGGCCUGGCUGAGGGAGACCAGCGGCGGCGGAGUGAUGGUCAACAACCUGACGGAAGAACUCUACAAAUUUGCUUUUGAAGGGAUCUGCUCCGUGCUGUUUGAGACUCGUAUGGGCUGCAUGAACGAAGUCAUGCCCGAGGAAACCCAGAAGUUCAUCUUUUCCGUGGGGGAAAUGUUCCGCCUCUCCCCCAUCAUCGUCCUCUUCCCCAAGUCCCUCUGGCCCUACGUGCCUUUCUGGAAGAAGUUUGUGGCGGUCUGGGAUCAUCUCUUCAAAGUUGCUGAAGAUCUGGUGCAGAAGAAAAUGGAGGAGAUCCAGGAGAGGGUACACCUGGACCAGAAUGUGGAGGGAGCGUACCUCACACACCUGCUGCUCAGCGAUCAGAUGACGGUCACUGAGAUCCUGGGGAGCAUGACCGAACUCCUGCUUGCAGGAGUCGACACAACCUCCAACACCAUCUCGUGGGCUCUGUACAACUUGGCGAAGGAGCCAGAGAUCCAGGAGCAGUUAUACCAGGAGGUGAUCAGUGUGUGUCCGGGGGACAAGGUGCCAAACAGCGAUGACAUCGCUCAGAUGCCGUACCUGAAGGCCAUCAUCAGAGAGACGCUACGGUUGUAUCCAGUGGUUCCAGGAAAUGCCCGCCUCACAGUUGAAAAUGAGAUCGUGGUUGGAGAUCAUCUCUUCCCCAAAAAAACGCUGUUCCACCUGUGCCACUACGCCGUGUCCUAUGACGAGAGCAUCUUCCCCAACCCCCACGCCUUCCUGCCGCAGCGCUGGCUCCGAGGAUCCGAGGAGAAGUCCAGGCAGCACCCAUUUGGGUCGGUACCGUUUGGUUUUGGGAUCCGGGCGUGUCUGGGCAGACGGGUGGCUGAGCUGGAGAUGUAUCUCCUCCUGUCCAGGGUGAUAAAACACUACGAGGUGAGGCCGGAUCCUGCAGGAACCAUCGUCGAGCCGAUCACCAGAACCCUGCUUUGUCCCGCUAAACCGAUCAACCUGCAGUUCCUGGACAGACGAGCUGAGCAGGAUCAGCUGAGAGUUUCUGUGUGAGCUGGUUUAGUAUUCACACUGCGUCCCCCGUCUGUCACAGAGCACUUGUUUAGAGAGCGUUCACACGAUGAGGACCGACCGGCUGGAAUGCACCUUAAACUGUGGCUUCACAGACACGAGCUGAAUGAAGAUGUAAUACGGUGUGCAGUGAGGAUCACAAAGCUUUAUGUUUCAUGUAGAUAUGAUUACAUUAACCCUGCAGCAGCUCCUCCAGGAGUUUAUUUAGUUUCAGUUUCAGAGAUGUGUUUGUUCAGUUGUCAGGGCCGUUGCCUCGCAGCAGAAAGUGUCCUGAGUUCAAACCUAAUAACAAGCUGGGUCCUUUCUGUCUGCAGUCUGCAUGCUCUCUUCAUGUUUCUGUCAGUUUCAUCAAGUCUCCCCAAAACAACUAAACACAUCUGUAUUUUUAGUUAUGAUCAACAAAACUCAUGAAAAGACCAAAAAUAAAAACUCUAAAUACUUAAA